AUUUCCUGUCAAGUGGCAGUGAGUUCUUACUCGUCCUCAUUUGCUCUACGGAAGUCGUUGUCCUUAAAUUUGUGGAAUCUAAAGAAAGGACCGGAUCGUCCUAGAUUGCUCAUCGGAGGAUUUAAACAGUUCACUACUGUUCUUCCUGGCAGCAGCUAAGCCGCUAGGGUGAGUAUUAAGGCGAAUAUACCAGCUUAGACUGUGUCUACAAUCGGAACUUCAUCGACGCUUACUCGGCUUAACCUUGGGCGAGAUCUUGAUGGAAUGAGGCCUAUCUGGCAGUGUACUCAAGGUUUUUAUUGUACUGAGUUUAAAUUUUCGUGGAUUUCGAAUAGACUAGGAGUUCAGAGUUACUCUCAUACUAGAGAAAGGAAACGUCUUCGAGUACUUCCGUGUGUUCACUUGUAGCGUCCAAGUUCGAUGGUUAGGUUGUCAUUCAAGAGUUCGAGAUUGUGUCAUAUUCAAAUGUAGAUUUCAUUAUCUGGAGGAAUUUGAUUGACUUGAUCAAUAUAAAGUCUUACGCGUUUCUCUUCAUUUUCUGAUGUAAAUUAAUGUUCGCUAGAUAAUAAUAUAAUAAGCGAUCAAUUAGUACAUACAACAACUGUACCAUGAUCUUUGCCCAAAGUAAUAUUUUAUCCUCGCUUUCGAAUGUCUUCCCUCGCGUUCCAUUCCAUACAAUGUACAUCCCAUCUAGUUCAGAUACAGCAAUCGUGCGCAUUUAAACAAUUGUGUAAUAAUUUCAUUUACAGUGGAACUCGUUAUACCUAUAUAAUAUUUUAUUAUCUGCAGGUAGAGGCCAGAGGGCCUUCUGACCCACAAUGUCGAGUAACUCAAAUCGGGUUGGUAUCUCUUUGUGGAUCAGUGAUCUGUUUAAACUAAUUUAUGCAAGUAGAUUUGUUCAAAAAAUAUUCUUGAUGGUUUGUUAUUACAAAUCAGUGGUGUUAAGUUUAUUGUAAUUUCUUCUAUUAUUCUUGAAUCUUGGGGGGUAUGUUAGUUUUCUGUUUCCAAUGCAGAUUGUAUUGCCAGAAGAUUUUAUUAAAGGCGCUACCGCACUGUUUUUCCUUGAAGGAAAACCUUGACCGAAACUUACUAAGUUCACCAUUAGUUAAUCCUGUUUUUAUCUUCAUCCUUAGCAGUUGCUUUUCCAUUCAGCUUGUUAUAGUCCCUCUUAUUUAUCAAAAUUUUACAAUCACCUCUAGGUUUGAGGUAAUUUUGCAUGAUGCAAGUCUCAGAAUAUCAUUUUGCAGCUGCUUUACAAUGGCGGCUUGUUUUUUGGCCAUUGUAGCUUUAUUGCAUGUUUCAUCAUCAUCAUUUUCUUCUUUCUUGGUGAGACUUAUUUUUCAGGCUCAAGUUUGUUUAUUCUUUAAUGUUAUCCUCUCUCCAUUUUUUCUUUUCAUCUCUCUUUCUCCCUCUUUGUUUUAGUACCUCGCAGGAAUUACAUAAUAAGUUAUAAUAACCACAAGAUAUCCCCAUACCAUAACAGUUUGUGUCCUUUUUUCAUAUUUAGACAGUUCUGAUGGGACUUAAUGACUGAUAAGAUGCUGGACUUAGUUUUACUGACUCUAUAACUUAAAGGGGAUAUGAAGCCCAAUCUUGAACCAGUUUUAAAUUGUAUCUUAUAGCUGAAAUAGCUAUGUCUUUGGGCUUAACCUCACCUUGAAAAAUUGUUUUAUACCAUGUUUUGACUCAGUAGCAUCACUGCUCUGAAAAUUGAUGGUGGUGGUUAAUAUUACGCGAUUAAUAUUCAACAGCUGCUAAUUGUUUUGAGCUGAUGUUUUUACGGCCUUCAAAGCAGGAUAAAGGGAACUUAAAAUCAAAUUUUCUUGUAAAUAAGAAGUAGUGAAUGAAAAUAAAUAUUGAGACUUAUCUUAUUCCUCUGAAGCUAACUAGAAAUGGAUACAAAUAAAAUGGCAGUUUUAGACUUCGUUUUCCCUUUAACAAUUGGCUGAUUUUUGUAUUUUCAGGUACCCUGGGCACAGGGAACUGAAGUGGAGGGUAAAUACCAGUUUAGAGGACGGACAAGAGAGGUAGGCUUUAUGCUCUUGAAUACUUGAAACACAUUCCAUAAGAAAUUAGAAAAAAAAAGAUAGUGUAUCAUGUGGUACCCAAUAUACAUGUAGUUGUAGGUAUAAAAAUUAUAUUUUUAAAGAAUUAAAAUGUGCCCCUCUUUAUUUAGGAUCUUCCUUUUGAGAAGGGUGAGAUCCUGUGCAUUGAAAGUGUUACGCGGGUGAGUAUGGGAACAUGCAUGCUUCCACAGUUAUAUCAAAAGAACAGAAUACAUUAUUAUGAACAACUUUGUACAAACAUUCAGUGAAGGAUGUUUACCCAUGAAUUAUCAAGACCAUCUGUAUCAUUUAUCACUAUGAAUUCUCUGUCUCUGUAGUGAAAAGUCAUUUCUUUUAAAACUUAAUUCUAUCUAGAAGAGUGUUCUUGCAUUCAUGUUGUUUGUAGAUUAUUGUAUUCAAAAUACUAAAUGUGAUGGUUCAACUUGCACUGUUUUAAGAAGCAGCUAUUUAAGGUAAUUAUAACAAUAUUUACACUUUUGGCUACUUUAUGCGAGAUGGACAUGUCGUGAGAAUUCUAGGACAAUGACCUCAUCAAGGCUACUGAUUGUGUUGUGUUCUCAAUUCAGACAAUAUUGUAAUAGUAAAAAUGCCACAGAGUAACAAAAUUUUAGCUCAUUGAAACUUGUCUUUUUGUGCAACGAUUUCUGACUGUUGCCAAAAUAAUGUAAUCAUUGGCAGCCUUUGCUAAGUAAGAAAUCUCUUGCUUUGUUUUUGUUAGUUAGAGUGAUAAAAUCUUCCUAUCUUUGUUGUUGUAUUAUGAAAUAUUAUAUGGCCUGAGUAUGUGAUGCCUAUUUUUCUAGCAUGAUUGGUUUUGUGAAUUAAUAGACAUCAUUGAAGAAAUACCAGUGUUGUGUGUUGUGUAAACUUGAGUAUAGAUACAAAAUAUUUUCUGCCAAUUUUUAUUUAAUUGCAUGACAAAUUAUGCAUAGAAGACAAAGAGACUGUGCGCAAGCAUUGAACAAAUAACUAACUGUAGUCUUGUAAGGACUAAAGGUUGAUUUAAGUUUUAAUGUCUUCUUAUUUUUAGGACCCCAAUUGGUACAGAGCUUCAAAUCGUUUUGGACAGAUGGGAAUGAUACCUUACAACUAUGUUAAAGAAAAAAAGAGAGCUGUUAAACUUCAUGCAAUGCCGUAAGUGGACAUUUGUCUCAUGAAGAUUGCUACUGCUAUAAGAUUUUCAUUCAUUUCUCUGAAUGAACAUUCAGCUUCAAGCUCACAAUAGGUUCUGAAAAGCCAUGACUUCUCUAGAAAUUAAAAGGAUAAAACAAGAAUAAUCAAUAUGUAAUAUUAUAUCCAUGAAAUGGGAGGGCUUCUGUGAUUCUAAAGGAAGCCAAUGUACUGAGUGAAAGGUAAAUAUUUAAUUAGGAUGGAUAGUAAUAUAUGCAUUGUUAUGUUACUCUCAGAUGGUUUCAUGGCAAGAUCUCAAGGCAAGACGCUGAACAACUCCUUGACCGUCAUGACGACGGCUUGUUUCUGGUUAGAGAAAGUGUCAAUUACCAGGGAGACUAUUCACUCUCUGUUUGGUAUGUAGUGAAAUGAUCUUCUUCUUGAUAAAUAAUGAUGGAAGGAAUGUAUACAUGAUGGUUUGUAGGAACCAUUUAAUAUGCACCACGAAGAAUAAUUAUUGUUUCCAUGUUACAUGUAUGUAUUACCCCCUUUAAAUUAACUCUUAAGAUUGGAUUGUUAAUUCUCCCCCUUUAGCUGCCACACAUUUCCUUGUAAAUUAGUUGUGAGAAUUUGGUUUUAAAUCAAGAUAACAAGUUCUACCUGAUAUAUUUGAUUGUUCUCAUUACUUGUUUGCUGGAUAAUGUAUUGAUAUUGUAGGGAGAAGUUAAAUGUGAAUCACUUAUGGGAGUGAAAGGGUUAAGUGUCCCCUGUCCUUAACUCUUUUACUCCCAAGAUCUCAUCAGUGAUUCUCCUUACUGUCUACCAUACAGUUCUUGUCAUAUUUAGUAUUGGAUCAACUUAUAAUCCUGCUUGAUAUUUUUCUUUAUUCUCAUCACUCAUGGGAGUUAAAGGGUUUACCAUCAUUAGUUGCCAUAAGGAUGAGUUUGAUUCUAAUGAGAUGUCUGUUGUUCAUUCGAAUUUCGUUAGCUUUGGUGGUAAAGUUGAACACUACAGAGUAAGAUACACAGAUGAUAACAAACUCACCGUGGAUGAUGAAAUCUUUUUUGAAAACCUUACUAAACUUGUAGAGGUAUGUGAUGCGUAAUGCCAUACAGUUUGCUUUAAUGAGUCCAUGCUGGUUGUUUGUUUGUUUGUUUUGGAAGCAACCCAUUUCAGGUUUAAAAAAAUUAAGUUGUCUUUAUGUUUAAUUUUGUUUUUAUUGUAGUUCUCCAUUGAGGAUCAUUUGAUUAUUAAUGAUAAUUAGUUUUUUGUUAUAGACAAACAAGAAAUUAUUUUCUUCAUUUCAAAGUGAAUGCUUCUUAAAUCUGAAAAUUUUUAAACCUAAAGUAGAAGUUUCAACACUUUCCAAUCUUAAAAUCAUCAAUCAGUGAAAUAGUGUUGUUUGGAUAAUCUUGAAAUAUUGCCAGUUGCAAUUUAAUGUAUUAUUUUCCUCUUUAAUUGUUUAGCAUUAUGAAGGAGAUUCAGAUGGGCUAUGUACAAGACUAGCCAAACCCCUGAAGAAGAAAGGAGGAAACUAUGAUUUUUCUGUUGAUCCAGAGUCAUUCGAAAAAGGUUUGUUUCAAAAUCGGAUAAUAAUGUAUUGUCAGUAGCUUCUUAAGAUUACUGUAAUGCCAGACUGCCACAUUUCAAGUUUGCCCAGAAAUUAUUUUGAUGACAUUGUUUUUAGAAAAUUUUUUUUAUUAUAAACUUUGAAUCUGUUACUACUGACAGUUAUGGUUUUGUCAAAAUGUAGUGUUCCAUCUGCACAAUUUACGAAUAUAGCAUGAAUUUAAAUUACAGCCUUUUGUUUUGUUUUGUUUUCUCUAUCAGAGGGCUGGUCCAUACAACGCACGGAUUUGCAUCUGGGAAAGUCUAUUGGCAAAGGAGAGUUUGGAGGUAUGAAUAAAAAUUUUCAGCUGCAUGACUUGGUUUGUGAUCUGACAAUGUGGAGUCUUCAAAAUGGAUCUGGUUGGUAUUUGGGUUUAGUUACCAAAGGAAUUUUCAUUAAAACAACUGAAAGCUAUUACAGCUACAAUUGUCUUGGUGUGAGUCGAAUUGAGAGUACAUGAGUAAAAAAAUUCUUUGAAGUUCUAAGUGACACAUUAUUAAAACAUUGGUGGUUGAUUUUAAUUUAGAUGUUCUUCAAGCUGAAUACAGAGGGAAAAAAGUAGCAGUCAAGUCUCUGUUAGAUGACAGCCAUGCUGCCCAGACCUUCCUAGCAGAAGCUUCUAUCAUGACGUAUGUUUGAAUCUCACUGUAGACAGUUACAUUUAGUGAUGUUUUGCAGUAUAUUUUAGAUCAUAGUGUUUAUACAGUACAAAAUAAAGGUUGGCAGUGGAUCUCAUUCCUCCUACUUCUGAAUAUCCUUCAACAAGAACUGUCAUCGUGAUACUACAACAACAACAACAUUUAUCAUAAAAUAAUCAAAAGUGCAUUACAAUAAUAAUAAAAAUAAUAAUAACUUAAUUAAACUAUAUAAUUAUAUAUAUAUAUUUAUAUAUAUAUAUUUAUAGAUGAAUGUGAGGGUAGAGUCUACCCUGGCAUAAAGUGAUAAAGUGCUCAGUGCUGUGGUAGCAGAGCUAAGUAUACAUAAGUUAAAGAAUUAAAGAGGACGCAUUAAUUCUCUGUUCUUUAAUUCUUUAACUUAUGUAUAUAUAUAUUUAUCUAUCUAUCUAUAACUUAGUUGAGUUAUAUUAAGUUAUCUAUCUAUAAAUUAAUUAUAUAAAAUUAUAUACAUGUGUUCUUGAAAUAUACCUAAUAGAUCUUCACAAAAUACCUUGGAAAAGAUAUAAGUCUUAUUAGUAACAUUUAAAAGAACCAAUGUUUUCAGCCUGCCUUGGCAAAGGAAGGCAUUGUGCAUUUAGCUUUCUCCAUAAGCCACUACCAAUCUCUACUCUCUAAUGUAAGUAGGGAGCAUAUCUUUAUUCAAUGUCUUUUACAGUAUGGUUUACAUAUCCUUUGUUUUUUUGCAGGGAUUUGAAUCACAAAAACCUUGUCAAAUUAAUAGGUGUAUCAGUGGGAAAACCUAUUUUCAUUGUAACAGAAUUUUGUGGAAAAGUAAGUGCAAAGUUUAUCUUUUUGAGCAUGUGGUUUUAAACCCACUUUCAGCAAUCAAGUGUACAUACUUUUAAAUACUGAGACAAGAAUUGAAACUGUUGUCAACUUUUCUGUUGAUUCUAUUUCUAGGGAAGUUUAGUAGAAUACCUAAGAACAAGAGGGAGGACUGUGAUUAGACAGAAGGAUCUAGUAGGAUUUGGAAGGUAAACUUUAAACAGAAUGAAAAUUUCACAUGGAUUAAUGAAAGAGUAAAUUAACUGUGUAAAGACAUGAACAGAGGGAGAUGCAAUGAAGAUUAAUUUUUCCUAGUGUUGUUAUUGUCUUUUUGAAUAAAUAGGACCUGGACCUCAGGUUAUUGCAUUAGAUUCUUAGGCAAGACACUAUUCCCACAGUGUGGCACACCCCCCUCCCCUUGUAAGAAUUGUAAAUUGUAGCAGAGAGCUGAGGGGGAAAACUGACAAUUUCUGUGGGGGGUGGACUGCAAUAGAUGGGUUUCCCCCUAGGGGGAGUAGAGAUUCUUUGGGAUGCUUCAUGCUCAGAAACAAGAAAAGAAUAAUGCUUGACAGUGUAAGCAACGUGGCUCAGAGGCAGACUAUAUUAGAUUUCAUGUUUGUAUUCUUAUCAGUUUGUUUUUUGACCAUGUGAUUGUUAUUAAGAGAACUUUUCCCCAGUCCUUGAUUAAUAAACUGAAGUUCUAUGUGACCUAUGGGAUAUGCUUUGUUUUACCUAAACAGGGAUGUAGCUGCUGGUAUGGAGUAUUUAGAGUCAAAGAAUUUGGUUCACAGGUAUGAGAUGCCUUUACUAGCACCCAUUUUUAACAUCAAGGGUGUUUGUUUAAGCUUUGCUUUCAUUAUCUUUGAGACUGUACCAAAAAAAACCUCUUUUCUUGAGAUGUGCAAUUGUUUGUAACACUUAUGAUGUUGAGACUACAAGUAGCUAAAAACCAGUGUUUUUCAUCAUUUGAUAGCAACAUCUACAUCCCAGUAUAAUUAUUGUGUCACUCUAGUUUUGCUCAUCAAAUGUGAUUCUUUUUUUUCCCCUUGAAAAUGAGUAGUGCUUAAGGUUUAGAUUAUAAACACCCAUUCAAGCUGUUUGAUAUGGCUUUUAUGUUAUGGUCUCUCUGUCUAGUCAGGUAGCAGCUGACACAAAACUGACCAUUGCCCAAAGGACUGAAGUAAAGAAGUCAUAUUUGUCAUGAUGAUGCCUCUCUCUGUAAACCACCUAGUACAUUUAAGAUGACCCUUUUAUUUGAAGGAAUGAAGAAUUACUCAACUGUGUAACAUUAUAAUUUAUCCUUAGGGACCUGGCUGCAAGGAAUGUUCUCAUACAUGAGGAUGGAACAGCAAAGGUAUGUCUUUUGCUUUUGGCUAUGGUGUUGGCUGAAAUUUAGAGGAACAGCAUUAUUUCAAACUAGUUGCCAGACUAAUUAAAAGAUUACGACAUUUGAUAUUCGUUGUCUGAAAUGAAAUUCAAUUUAAGUGUAUCAAUGAUUGUCUUUAUCAUGGCAGGUGUCAGAUUUUGGACUUGCACGAGAAGCCAACUUUAAUUUAGAAGGAGGAAAGUUCCCUAUCAAGUGGACAGCACCUGAGGCCAUCAAACAUGGGGUAUGUUUAACUUAUGUUAAGUGCUCUAAUAAGCCUAGAAACUGAUUGAUAAAACAUAGACUGUUAUUUACACUACUUGCUUAAAGCUCAAAUGAAAAAGAAUGAAAUGACUCCAUGGUUAAAGGUUUUGAUUAGCCCUUUACAUACCCUGACAUCAGUAUUCGCAUUCUCCUCAGUGAUCUUUUUAAAUUUCUUAUGGUAAUGAGAAGGAGAAUUUCUUUGACAAUCAGGAACUUCUUAAACUGGUGAUCAUUUCUGUUAUUCUCAUGACCUUUACAUUUAACUUUAGGGUGAUACUGUGAGGAGAAAUUAGAAGCCAGUCACUCUUAGGAGUUGAAGGGUUAACCCCUUAAACCCCUGAGAGUGACUAGCAUCUAAUAUCUCCCAACAGUAUAACCCCUGCAUCACACAGUAAGGUCAUGAGAAUAAAGGAAAUGAUCACCAAUGAAAUAUUCUCUAUCACCAACAAAUAUCUCAUGCUAUAAUUGACCAUUGAUUGUUAUUGAAAAUCCCUCAAAGAAGUUACUUGGGCAUGAAACUGACCAAGAGGCAUGGUUGUAACAAAACUCUUAUUAGUGCAUUAAUUCCUGUGUUUAUUUGCAGAGGUUUUCAACGCAGUCUGACGUGUGGAGUUAUGGUAUCUUACUGUGGGAACUGUUUUCUUUUGGCAGAACUCCAUACCCCAGAGUGGUAAGUGAUGCAAGCUUUUAUUAAUUACUACAUUAUUUCUUUGUCGCACUGGACACUGCCUGUUCCUGGUAUUGAGUAAGUUAAAUGAAACAUGAUUAUCAUUGAUAAUUAACUGGCUGAUAUUUUGGUUGUGUAAUAAAUGCCAUUAAAACUUCUGGACAAGGAUUUAAGUUGUGUAUUUAUUCAUAUUUCUCAGCACAUAGACAAUGUAAUGGUUAAAAUUGAAAGUGGGUAUCGCAUGGAAUGCCCUGAUGGAUGCCCUGUUGGAGUUUACGAUGUGAUGAAAGAUUGCUGGGACAUCACUCCAAAUCAACGACCAACAUUCCACAAAAUAUAUAAGACCUUAGAACGGUUUCACCAAUCAUUUUUACCAGAUGGAAACUGAUGCUACCUUCUUGCAAUAUAACUCCUUUUGGUAAUGAAACCAUAUCUGUCAGAAUGAGAAAUGCUUUGAUUGUCGAUGUCAAUCUUUCCUUUCUCAGUGACAAAAGUUGUAAUAAUAACUCCAUGAAGUAUCUCAUUUCACUUCCACCCAGAAUUUUGAUGAAAUUAGUUUUGCGUUUCAAUUUUCUUUUUCUUUUUUUUUAUUUGAUGAGGAAAGUUUCUAAAGUUAGUUUUGGUAAGAAAAGUAAAUUUGUAAAGAAAGCAUUCAAUUUUUAUUUAUCUUUGAAGUUCUAUGGUGAAACAGUCGCCAUUAAUUAGCUCAUGAACAAGUAGGUAAUAAAUGCAAUAUUGAUAUGGAAAUGAUAAUACCUAGGCAACAAUAUAUAUCAAGUUUAUUGUUAGACAUCUGUGAAAUAUCCAUCUGAUUUAUUUUCCACAUCAGCUAGAGAUGUAAUUUAAGUGAUAGACAAAAAUGACAGAAGUUUAACAUGAAUUUAUCAUAUGAUUUUCUUUUGAGCUAUUGAUUUGGACAGCCCAAAUAGUUUAUCUAAUCAAGGAGUACUUUUGCUCUUUUUUUUUCCCUCAAGACAUGGAGUCAAUUUAGAAUUUAACUCCAAAUUUGACAAUUUCUUAUCAAUGCCACAAAGUUAGUAACAGUUUUUGUAACUAUAAGGACUGAAAUUUAAAUUUAAUGAGCCUUUUUUUUAUACACGUGUAUAAAGCACCUAAGAAGUUGAGAUGCAGAAGCAGAAGUCUAAAUUAGUGAUAAGUAAUUGGUUGCUAGUUGGAUGUUACUGGGUGAAGAGAAGAAAGUUACAUCUUACUUCUUUCAAUUAUAUCCUUGCUUAUCUAUUAAACAACUUGAUCACAUGUAUGUUGUGAGCUUAAGAGAUACUUUAGGAGCAGGAAGCUUUUCAAGGUGCCCUAUAGAUAAAGACAGGCUCUACAGAAUAUUAACAGGUUCACAGGAAAGGUUUCUGAAAGGAAGGAGGUGUAGGAGGGUGCAAAAGAAAUGUAAAAUGACCAUUGAAAGUAAAUAAGUUUAAGUUGCUCUUGUGUUAGUGAUUGGAUCAUGUUGCUAUUGCAGUUAUAAGUAGGACUGGUGACUAUUUGAAAUUCUUAUUUGCCAGAUUAAAAGGCUAAGCAAAUCUGUUCAGACCUUUGCUGUAGCCACUGGAACCUCUCAUGGGUUUGUCUGUGAUAGAAAGUAGUUGUAUGUUUUGAUCUGUGGCACACAGUAAUUGUCUUUCUCCUACCUUAGGUCCUUUCGGGCCUUUCACUGUUAAUCAGCAACAUUUUUUCUUGCUUGAGUGUAAUUAAAGUAAUAUUGGAAGUGAAUUAGUUUAACAUUUUUAAUCAUCUGCAGUAACUAUUUUAACCAAAAUCAAAUCCUUUUAUCUGUGAUCCUGGCAAUUUCAUGGUAACCAAGUUCAAAGUUAAUCAUGGAAAAUUGAUGCACUAGUCAUUCUUUUGUAGGUCAUGUGAAUGAUUUGCUACAAGAACUAUUUUUAUACUAUGGAAAAUAUAUUUCUGUAAACAGGAUGCCCAUAAUAGAUGGUUGUUCUGUUAACAUUGCUUAAUUGGGUGAAAUCUUAAAGUUUGAAUAUUAGGCAUCAGUAGAUUUAAGUGAGAAUGUCAAUGUUAAGUUCUUUGUACAUCCAACACUUUGUAAAUGAAGAAUCAUUAACCCUUCGCACAAUAACAUCAGUAUCCAUAUUCUCCAAACUCUUCUCUUCCCAUUUGCUUUGUUACUGAUAAGGAGAAUUGUUUAACAAUCAGAGCUUUUUAGGUUGGCUAUUAUUUCCUUUAUUUUCAUGAUCUUGAUUAAGGAUUCAGCAGAAUUAUUGUUGGGAGAAAUUAGGUGCUGGUCACUCUUAGGGCUUAAAGGGUUAAGGUGGGAGAACUUUAAGUUGUACUAAACUCAAAUAUAUUGAAAGAAUAUUACUUUAUACUUCAUAGGAAAGCAAGUUAUUAGUCUAGGCCUUAAAAUGUAUAUUUUAAUAUUACUGUAAGCUGAGUGUUAAUCCCAUGUCACCAACCAUGAUAUCCUUUAAUUUUUUCAUUUAAUAGGAUUAGCAAUUCUUUUACCAUUGUUUCUGUUGAAAAGUAAUAUCAACUUGUGACUUCUUAGACUAAUUCUAAACUUGAAAAAUAUUUUAGGAUCUUCAUUUUUUGUAAAGCUUAAGCUUGUAAUAAAAAGUGUGUGUUGAGAGGUAUCUACAUUUAAAUGUCGUAAUUCCCUCGGGUAAAUCUAAUUUUUUAAGUUGUCAUGAAUAUGGAAGCUAUUUUUCAUACACAAGUGUUUAUAUGAAUAAAGGAAAACA